GUUGAAGUUCUCUUUUUGUAAUGUCACAGAGAGAGAGGACUGUGCAGCCUGCAAGACAUGUUCCCAUUUUUUUUUGUUUGGAUCCUCAGGUAUCUGGAACUAAAGUGUUAAAUUGUGCUUUGUGUGUCUGAUGUACAUACCUUUUUCGUUAAAAAAAAACAUGUGAUACAGGGAUACCUUGUUGUAACUUUUAGUAGCAUGUAGAGUAGUGCCAGAGUGGAAUUUAGUAAGGUCUUAGUGUUCCUAAAAACAGUGUCAUGUGAUGAUAUUUAAAUACCAAGUAGUCAAAGUUUAAUGUCAGGCAAAGAAGAGCACCUGCUACAGAGCAUUGUCUCCAGUGACUAUUUCAGGGCAUGAAGAAAGUUACUUUGCAUUGUGCAUUUACACGGACUACAAAUAUGGAAAUCGAAGAAGCAUUCAAAGCCUGUGGUGAAAUGGGCAUUUAUCAAAUUUACCUCUGUAUUCUUCUAGCAUUUUUACUGAUGUUAUACGUGUCAAUGGAAGCUGUACUGAUUGCCUUGGUGGGAUUGUCACCUCCUUUUCAAUGGGACCUCCAGAAGCAGUUUGCUAAUAAAAGCCUGCCGAGUGUGUCUUCUAUUGCGGAGGAUCGGCUCUUCAAACAGUGGCUACACGAAGCCAGCCAAAAUGAAAUGCAUAAGCACUUGCAUUUCAAUGGCAACUACACCUCAAUUAUAUCAGAGUGGUAUUUGAUAGGCGACGCUGCCUACAAAGUCUCUCUUGCCAGCUCCUUGUAUUUCGUUGGAGUGCUGGUGGGCGCCAUCACCUUCGGCCAACUCUCUGAUCGCUAUGGAAGAAAGAAGCUCUACCUCGCUGGUUUGGCAUUUGAUAUAGUUUUUGGUGUAUCAAGUGGCCUUGUACCUACAUAUCAGCUCUUUGCUGCCUCUCGACUCCUGGUAGGAAUAAUGAAUGGAGGAAUGUCAUUGGUUGCUUUUGUUUUGCUUAAUGAGUAUGUGGGAACAUCCUACUGGUCAAUCACAGGAACACUGGGUAGCUUUUUCUUUGCUGUGGGAAUCGUACUGUACGCAGUCAUUGGUUAUUUUGUCCACUCCUGGAGGCUGCUUGCUCUUUUGGCUAAUCUCCUGGCAGUGCUGGUGUUUUUCCUCUCAUUAUUCAUCCCAGAAUCCCCACGCUGGCUAUACUCACAAGGCCGACUCAGUGAAGCAGAAAAUGUCUUCUUCUUGAUCAGCAAAUGGAACAGAAACUUGAAGUGCUCGAUUUCUUUAACACCCCCACCAAAGAGUAAGAAGGAGCAUAAAGCCAGCGCUCUGGACCUGUUCUACCACAGGGUUCUGCUCCAGCGUACACUUAUCAUGAUGUAUACAUGGUUUGUGUGCAGUCUUGUGUACUAUGGUCUUACGCUGAAUGUUGGGAACAUGGAUGGAAAUAUUUAUGUCAAUUUGGGCCUUUCAGGAGUUGCAGAGCUACCAUCUUAUCCAGUCUGUUUGUACUUAAUAAGCCGCAAAUGGUCUGGACGCCGAAAGUCUUUGGCAGGCUUUCUUCUCUUGGGAGGGCUUGCAUGUCUCAUCAUCGCAUACGUGCCAGAAAAACAAGAAACUGGCCUGUUUGCAGUGGUGAACAAACUGACGCUCUCUUUGUUUGGAAAGAUGGUUAUCAGCUCUGCCUUCAAUAUAGUCUACAUCUAUUCAUCAGAGCUCUAUCCAACGGUGGUCAGGAAUAUUGGAAUGGGAGUAUGUUCAACAGCCUCUAGAGUGGGGGGAAUCUUGGCUCCUUUUAUUCCUUCCCUGGAAUCAAUACAGUGGGCUCUGCCAUUCUUUGUAUUUGGAGCUGCUGGUUUAUCAGCAGGGCUGCUGAGCCUGUUGCUGCCAGAAACCCUGCAGAAGAGACUGCCAGAGACGAUCUCUGACCUAGGGGAGAGGUGCAAUGGUGUUUAUUACCGGAGAAUCAAGGAUGAAGCAUCUCUACCACUGCAAACACUUGGCAGUGAAUUGGCAGCCCACAGUGAGGGGCACGAGGAGACAGAUGAGGAUGAGUUUGUUAAUCCAACUGAACAAACACGGAUGAUCACAUGAGUGGAUUGGUCUGGAACUUGUCAUCCCUGGAUCCAGUGUGUUUGCAGACCUACAGUACAACAUAUAACCUCAAGCUGAAGACAAAGAGCACAUAGGCUGCAGAAAAAAACUCUCAGCCUUCCUCUUAGAAUAGCUAAUCACAAGAUUUUUUUAAGGUUGUGGUACAGUAUGUGGCCUCAUUUUAUUUUUCCACCACUUUAAAGAACUACUGUAUUUCAGCUUGCUCUUAUUUAAUUUAGUAGGAUAUUGGUUAAAUGAACAUAGGACUGAGAGCUCAUGUACAGUAUAAGGAAAUAAGGAAAAAAUACAAGUAAUAUAGAAUAGUAUUCUUACAAUUCUAUAAAAAGUACUACUUACAAAAAAUAGUACUUACAAAAUCAGGAAAAAACAUAUCUGAAGGUUGAACUGUAUCUAAGUGUUCAAUUGUUUCGUUCUAAAGUGUACUGCAUAGUUUGAUUUAACCAUUACAGUACUUGUUAAAUUUGAGUAAAAACAUUUAUAUUAUUAUUAUAUUGAGACAUUAAAAUUAUUUAUGAUACUUGCAAAAAUA